CAUUCCUUGCCUCUCUCACUCAUCCACUCAUUCAUUAUUUGAUCUAUUGUUCAAACAAGCCGGUCUUGUUUGUUUAUCUUUCCCUUGACCGAUAGCGCUUGAAAUCUCUAUUGAUAUAAUUGCUAUACUAUCCUCGUAUCUCCACCGCACGACUCGAUAGCUUUCGAAGCACCAACCAACAUGUUUGCAUCAGUCAGAUCCAGCAGCAUGACCAGGCUUCUAGCCUUACUAUUUGCUUUGCUUCUAGUCUUCAAUGUCUGCACAGCACUCCCCGCGACGGACAAUGACCCCCCCAUCGAGGAGAAGCAAUUGGCAACCCGCGGCAACGCACCGAGUACCUUCAAAGCGGACAAAAAAGUAAAAAUGGGCAACACGCUCUUCUUCGCCGCCGAAGCGGGAGAGAAACACGGAUCCGCGGGCUUCGACUCGUGCCUGGGGCUCCUGAUCGUCGGCGACGGGGGCGCCAUCAUCGGACACUACAGUGCGACUGGCUCCGACAUCAACAACGACUGGGGCGAGCGCCCCAAUUCCGUCGCUGCGGCCGUUCCGAGACUUUUCAGGGAAAAUCGAGCCAAGCUCACGCCGCAUAUGGAGAUUUAUAUCUAUGCUCAGCUCGACGAGAAGAAGAGGGUGAAAUUCCAGACUCUGGUGGAUGAUAUGCAGAGGCAUAUUGCUGGGGCGACGGGUGGCCAUCGAGCUGUAGUUAAGACGUAUUCGAUAAAAACGGGUCGUGAGCCCAUCGGGGGCAAUUUCGUUGUAGAAUACAAGUCAAAGGGAAAGGGAUUCAAGGUUUCGUUCGCGAAAUAGAGAGAUUAUGGACAGGCCUUCUGGUACAUUCAGCGAACUGGAGUUUGGUUGCAUUAUAUAGAGGUUCAUGGGCAAACAAAUAGAUUAUGGACUGGAGGU